AUGAACCGCCGUUCGACUGCUCUCAUCGUCAUUCUCUCGCUCCUGGUUAUCUUCGUCACCAAUACGCUGGCUCAGACUGAGAAGAAUGGAACAGAUUCGGAAACUCCAAAAGAAACUCUUGAAGGCGUUCCUUCUGGAGUCACAGAGGGGCCCACACCUGAAGCAGAGGGGUCCACACCUAAAUCGGGAGCCACUUAUCCUGUGAUCGGAGCCAUUGCCACUGCCGUGAUCGCCAACUUCUUCUAA